UGACGGUCCAAUCAUAUCCAUGCACUAGUAGUAGCCUUAUGUUGACAUAUUUUGAAAGCAUAGAAGAUUUAAAGGCCUGGAAAUUAUUAAAACAAAGGGGUAUUAUUAGGCCUAUUCUUUUGUUUUAACGACAUUAAAUAUAUGUCAUUUCCUUGUUCUUACCAAGAAUAUAAACGCACUUAUUUCCACGGUCUAGAUAUAUGCUGUACAUGGAUUUUUUAAAAUGGCAUUGCGGAAGAAGGUUGUAAAGACGUAUGGUAAACGAGCUCAAAGAACUCUCUUGUAUGAUAAUUGGUUGUCACCAGAAUUGAAGGAAUCCUCAACAAAUUUAGCGAAGCCAUCCAAUGCAUUCUCAGACUUGAACGAUUCAACAUUCUGUGAAGAAACCCUCAAGUUGAAAGGGACAGACAAGCAAUUAGAAAAAAAAUUAUGUAAUCUACUGUGGUCCAACUUGGAAGUGACCAGUCCAGGUGAAAGUCCUGUUCUUGUUCCUGAAACACCAGAGGCAGAGCUUAAAACAACUUUUUGUAGAAGAAAAAAAAAAGCAGCCGCAAAGAAUGCUUCACUGUCCUCAGAUGAACCUGUGCAGCCUAAGAAUAGCUCAAGCACACCAGACAUCGAGACUGUAGAAAAGAGGAGCUUUCAGGAUGUGUUUGUGAAUGGAAAAAAUGUAACGCCAUCAAAUAACAAAGAAAAUAAGGCAAAGAGAAAGAAAACUAAAGCAGGUAGUAAACCAGAUAAGCUGAAAUCAUUUGAUGGGAUUAUUAAAUCAGAAAAGUUUGAACAACUUGAAAAAAACUCAUUUACCUUGGAUUCUGAAGAGAGUAUUGUAAGGCCAACAACUCCACAUUUACAAGAUUUAAGUAGGGAAGAAAAUUCCCUACUUUAUAUUCCUUGUGAAGUCAAGCUACCAAGACUGGUUUCGGACAAAAAAAUACAGUUUCAGGGCACUCCUGACACAAGUAAUUUAAGGGUUCAGCCAUUACGAGAUGCUAAGACUAAUAUUAUCCAUGAAAAUGAUGUUGAGAACAAUGAAUCUGUUAUGAUUGAAAGUUAUAUUCCUGAUCAACUCAGCCCUAUAGUGAAACCAGAUGACUUGCAUGAUCAAUUUUUGGUUGAAAGAUCAUUUGGAAACUUUCGGAAUUCAUUGACACCCUUUAGGGGUAAACGUGGGACGGUUUUAACAGCUCGUAAGAAAGUUCUACUUCAUUGCGGUCAGUCGGAAGUGAUACCUUUUACCAGUGUUUUAACAGAGAUGGAUUUAGAAGACUGUCGGAAGAUUGGGGAAGGAGUGUACGGAGAAGUCUUUCAGAUGAAAUUGAACGAUGAAAAUGUAGCAGUGAAGAUUAUUCCUAUUGAAGGAGAUUUAGUUGUGAAUGACGAACCACAAAAAACUUUUGAAGAAAUUUUACCUGAAAUUGUUAUUUCAAAAGAGUUGAGCUCUUUGCGUGGAACAAAUAUUCACGGUCAAACCAACCACUUCAUUGAGGUUAAAGCAGUUCACUGCUGUCAGGGGAAAUUUCCCCCGGAUCUUAUCAGAUUGUGGGACGAGUUUGACUCACUGAAAGGUUCGGACAAUGAUCGGCCCGACUCCUAUUGUGAUCAGCAGCUGUUUAUUAUGAUAGUGUUUGCGAAUGGAGGAUGUGACUUAGAAUCUUUUAAGUUCGAUAAUGUACUACAGAUGAAGAGUGUCCUGCAACAAACAAUUGGAGCGCUGGCAGUUGCUGAGGCAACCUUACAGUUCGAACAUAGAGAUCUACACUGGGGGAACAUUCUUGUGAACAAACAUGAAGGCAGAGAGGAUCAGCAAAUUGUCCUUGGCAACGAGAUGGUAGAGGUAGAUGGGUGUGGUCUUCAUGUAUCGAUAAUAGACUUUACACUAUCACGGUUACAUAAAGAUGGCUGCACUUUGUUUUAUGAUCUUUCAAUGGAUGAAAGUCUCUUCCAGGGUGAAGGUGAUUAUCAGUUUGAUAUGUACAGGCUUAUGCGCACUCAAAAUAAAAACGAAUGGGAUUCCUUCAAUGCAUACACUAAUGUAUUAUGGACGCAUUACUUAACGAGGAAACUACUAGAGCAGAAGAAAAUAAAAAAGAGCCGGAAGAAAGUUCAUCAACAGACCUUUCGGCAAUUAAAAGCAUUUGAGCGAGAAGUGCUCAACUUUAAAUCAGCGCAGGAAAUUAUCAAAUUGAGUAAACUUUUUACGACCUGAUUUGCUGAAUAAACAUUCAAUCUUGUGUACAAGUACACGUAGAUACUACAAGUAUAAAAAUGACCAAAUUGAGUAACUAUUUACAAUCUGAUUUCCUGAAUGAACAAUCAGACAUGUUUGUAACUGCAGCAGGUGGUGUAAAAGGGACAUGCUUUGUCAAAAUAGAAUGUUACCAUUAGUGCAUCAGUGAAAUGGAACACUAUAGAAAAAAGUAGAUGGUACAUUACAAUCAGUAAACUGCAUUAAGAUUGGUCUCUGGUCAUAAAUGUCAAAUUGCUAAUCUUUGGUAAUUGAAAUGAGUUUUGACAUUGAUCAGGUGUUUUUUCCGUUCUGCUUGAAUACUUGGUAUGCCAUUACUUUAUUGCUACAUAGCUCUCCUAAUUACAGUGGUUAUCAUGUUCGUUGCCAUCCAGACUCCUUAAGGUUGUGGGUCCGAAUGUUAUGCUGUUCAUCUCUCUUGUCCUUUGGCAAGGCAUGACGUUUCUCACCAUCAAUGAAAAUAAAUGGAUAUCAUAUCAAGUAGUUUUGAAUUCAUUGAUUACUAGUUGCUACCAUUACAAAAUACUCCCCCCCCCCCCAUAUGAGUUGAGUAUUUGUUACAAAGGCAGUAACCCAGUUCUCUUAAAAACGCACGUUUUCGCGUAUGUUUUUACACUUUCGUUUUGUGGACCUUAGCAAGAAUAUCCAAUGGUUGGGGCUUGGCAGGAAGGUCUAUUGUGAAGCGAAUACAGACUAAUACAUUAUUUAUUUUUUGUUAUAUUUUUUACCUCAUCAAGCCAUUUUUAUUGUAUCCUAUCAAUUGUGUAUUGCAGGAAGGCUGUGGAAAUAUGUAAAAUAAAAAUCAUUGAAAAAAGUAUAUAAUGACCGGUAACAAAAUAUAUCUUAAUCUGUAAGUACGAUAGAUAUAUGAGUUAUAUUUUAGUAUUGUUUUUAGUGUACAUAAAAUUGAAGGACAAUAAAUUAUACUAGAAACUGCAUUUACA